AUGUAAAUUCAAUCAUUCGAUGAAUUGGCGACGGAGAAGGAACUCAAAUUAUUUGGAAAGACCACAGCUUAGAAAUUCUAACGUCUUAAGAUUAUCAUCAUCGGACUGUCAAGCGUAAUUAAUAACUACAAUCCUAGCUUGGAUUAGAGAUUGCCAAACAUAUUUCUACACAAUAACCUGAAUUGAUAACACUUUGCGAUUCAUAAUCACAAAGACUGAAAUAAUGUGAAUAACUUCUAAAAAUAAAUAAUGUUACAUAAAUAGAAACACUUGAAAUGUCUUACAAGGACAAUGAAAUCCUGUCAAAAAUAGAUAAACAUGAUUUAACAAUAAUUUGUGAUAUUUAAUCAUUGAAUUUUGCAAUAGCAGUAAGUGAACACUUGCGUUAAAAUGCAUCUAAAAAUUAAAAGUAUAAUAAAGGUGUUAUAUGGACAUGUACAUUUGGAUUUAUCUGUAUUAAAUUUUCAGAUUUUGGUUAAGGAUUCAAAGUGUUUGAUAGAGAUGGAGUAUAGCCAUUUCCAUAUCAUAUUAUAAACAUUACUAAUUCAAAUCCAGGUAUAGUAAAAAUUCAUGAAUCUAUUCCACAUAAUUAUAAGACUGGUGAUUUUGUAAGAAUCAGUAAUGUUGAAGGUAUGACAUAAGUAAAUGGACCAGAAGCACGUCCAAUCAAAGUAAUAUCUCAAACUGAAUUUUCUAUUGAACAUACAUAACAUUUUAAUAAAUAUUUGGCAGGUGGAUUAGUUUAAUUAACUAAAGUACCUUUUAAAUUUCAUUUUCAAAAAUUGUCAGAAACCAUAUAUAAACCUAAUACACUUAAAACUAAUGAGGAUAAGGUUGUUUAUAGUACUGUCAUUGCCAAUUUAUAACUGUUAGAUUAAACAUCAAAACCAUAGAAUGAAUAGGAGAUCAUUAAUAUUGCUUUAGCCAUAUAUAAAACAUUUGAUUUAGAUCAAUUUGAUGUUCAGUUGUGUUAAAAAACUAUCAAAUUCAUGUAGACAACCAAAUAUCCAGUUAUUAGUCUUUGGGCAGGUUAUUGCAGUUUGGAAGUAGUCAAAUUUACUGGUAAAUUCACUCCAUAAGAAUGUUCUUUCAUUUAAUUUAUUAGUGAUAUUGAUAAUGAUGAAUAGUAGAUUAAAAUCAAAUUGUAAUCACUCAAUGCUUUGGUUAUUGGAAGUGGAGGAACUGGAUGUGAAGUAGUUCGACUCUUUUCUUUGAUGGAGUGUUGCACUCAACCUAAUUCAAAACUUACUAUAUUAGAUGAUGAUAUUGUACGUAAAUAUACUUUAGGAACUCAUUAUUGGUUUAAGUAAAUUAUUAAAUAAUAAUAGUUAAUAAACUCUUGGGAUGUCCAAAGCUGAUGUUGCAAAAGAUUAAGCAUAAUAACUUUGUAGUUCUAUGAACAUUGAUGUUGAUAAAAGUAAAUUCAGUGAGAAAUCUGAAAUCAUUGUAAAAUAGCAUGAUAUCAUCUUUUCUGCCAUUAAUAAUUAAACAUCAAGAUUACUCAUCUAAUAAUAAGCUUAAAAGCAUAAUAAAAUUUUAUUUGAUUAAAUAUUAAAUGGUUUAAAGGCUUACACUUAAUUUGGAAAACCAAAUUAAUAAUUGUAAAUUUAAGAGACUUUAAAGAAUGUAUAUAAUGUAGAUUAGGAUACUUAUAAGAAAUUUCCUUAUCUUCCAAUUCAUUGUGUUUUAUGGGCAAAGGAAGUUUUUGAUAAUAGUUUUGUAGGUUUUGUAACUGAUUUUUAAAAAUUCCUUUAGGAUAGAAAUACAUAUCUCUAAAAUUUUGAAGAACCUGAUGUGUAUAAUAUUAUAUUAAUAUUAUUAGAGUUGAUAAUUAUCAUAUUAGAGCUCAUGUAAUUAAUAGAAUAUCUAAACCAGGAUUUAAUUUAACUCUUGAUAAAAUACUAAGUUUAUCAAAAGAAUUAUAUGAAUUCCAUUUUGAGUUUAAGAUUAAUUAGUUAUUGAAAUAAUAUCCAACAGAUGCUUUAGAAUGUGUAUGGACUGGAUAUAAAAAGAUUCCUUAACCAAUUAAAUUUGAUUCUAAUAAUAUGGAUCAUGUAGCCUAUAUAUAGAUAACUACUCUUUUAAUAUCUAAAUUAUUCAACAUUAAUGCCAGUUCUGUGUUCAAAUAGGAAUAUGUUAUUGAUAAAUUGUAAUAAAUGACAGAGAAUUAUUGGAAUUUAACAAAUCCUUAAGUUCCUACUCCAACUGAAUAUUCAUCAUAAAAUAAACCAUAAUUCUUAAAUUUUGAUGAUGACUAAGUUCGAGGUUUGUAUGUUAGAUGCAUUCAUUCAUUAACAAAUUUAAGAUGUAAAAAUUAUAAUCUCUAACCAAUUCCAUUAUAUAAAGUUUAAAAAUAUGCUUUAGAAAUGCACAGAAGCAAUCCAAUAAUGCAUUCAAUUAUAGUAGGUUGGAUGGGUAUUGAAUUAAACAAAUAUCUAUAUGUAAUUUUUAUAAUUAUAAGUAUAGGGUAAUUGUAAACAAAGAAAUAUGCACAUAGAUGUUAAUAAUAAUAUUUUAGAAUUCAUCUGA